AUGGCUUUGGACAUCCUUGCUGUGGCCCCUCUCUACCAAGACCCUGAUGUCAACAGAGUAAGGCUGAUAGCACAGACAACCAAAAGGUCCACCACCCCGCCAAAACCCUUGCCUCCUCCCAAGACCAGACUCACCACCAUCGAGACCAAGAGGAUCAUGUCCGUCCUGGACGAGACCAUUCACAAGGUGGAGUUGGUGACCCUGCUGUCAUAUGUGGCAUCCAGUUCCAAGAAUUCGGAGGGGAUGCUGGGGGAGGGCAUCAUGAAAGCAGUGAGAGAGCACCAGGACCUUUGCCAGAUCCUCCUGGAUCGCGUCAAUUACCUGCAGGAGGAAGAAAGGCAGUUGCAGGGGGAAGAAGAGUUCAAGGAUGAACCGUGGUUCCGAGACCGUGUCCUCUCCACAGAGGUGCAGAAAUCCCACCUCCCACCCCUUAUGCAGCAGAUCAAAGGAUCCACCAAGAACAUCGUGAGACUCCUGCUCACUAACCCCCAGGCUGCCAGUCUGUUGCAGGUGCAGACCCUGGGCAGAAGUGCGGAAGCCCAGAGUUUUAUUGAUAGCCUGGUAGAACUCCGAGGUUUCCUGUUUGAGAAGCUACUCACUAGUCCCAUGGAAGCCAGACACAAGACUCAGUUCAUCCAGGACAUCACCAAACGGAAUCAGAGGAACCAAGCAAUCAUUGAUACUCUGGAAAAUGAAUUGGCAGCCUGUGUGAGGAACAGGGAUGCAGAGGAUGAGUACGAGGAGUUGGAUGUCAUCCACAAAGAGGAGAAGCUGCAGCUGGAGGAGCUGAAGAGACGGCAUGACGUGCUGGUGGAAGAGUUCUCCCACAUCCAGGCCGAGCAGGAGAUCGACGCCAAGAAGAGGCUGGAAGCCGAGCAGGAGAUGGUGCACAUGGUGCGGGCUGCCAUGCUCAUCCAGGCCCUGUGGAGGGGCUACCUGGUCCGCUCCAUGCUCAGGUCCAAGAAGAGGAAGCGGAGUAAGAGCAAAGUGAAGGAGAAGGGCAAGGGCAAGGGCAAGGGCAAGGGCAAGGGCAAGGGCAAGAAGUGA